AUGAAUCAAGAGACAUUUAGUUCUCAUCGGCGAAAAACUCUUGGUGUUAUUGAGAAUCAGUCGUAUUCUCAAAUUCCACAGCCGUCGUCGGUGAUGAAGAAAGUGAUGGGGGUUCGUGGACAGGUAGUGGCUUCAGAUGGGUUAAAUGGACAAACGGGGACUUUGAUUGGUCAGAAUCGGGUAUUUCAACGUAGUUCUAGUAGUGGAAAUUUUGUAGAAGGGGUGCAUAUGGUAAAUGGUGUGCAAAAAGAUGUUUUUCGAAAUUCGAGACAAAGUCUUGCGCUAUCCAGUGCACGUCGAUCAAGUGUUUAUACAUCUGGGCGUCCUUCUAAUAUUGGUUUUCUUUCACAAGUAGCUUCUCAGGUACCGUCAAAGGAUCCACGUCCAAUUCGUGAUAAACAAUACCAAUUAAUGUGUAUACAUUCUAUUUUAGCAUAUCUUUCGAGUUCAGGAUUUCCACAGGUUUUGACGCAGAAAAGUCUUCAGCAGCCUACACAAAAAGAUUUUAUGACAAUUUUUAAAUGGUUGUAUCAUAAAUUAGAUCCGAACUAUCAAUUCGUUAAGAAAAUGGAUGAUGAGGUGAUAAUAUGUAUAAAAAAUUUGAAAUACCCUUUUGCAGAUCAGAUUUCUCGAUCACAACUGAUAGCAGUUGGAUCGCCACAUUCAUGGCCUUCGAUGUUGUCAAUGCUGCAUUGGAUGCAUGAAAAGUGUACGGAGAAAUUAAUUAACAAGGAGAUUGAUAUUGAUGAUAAUAAUGAUAAUGAUGCCGAAAAAAUAUUUUUUGAUUAUCUUACGAAAGCAUACCGUGUUUUUUUGUCUGGAGAUGAUGAUUUUAGCGAAAUGGAAAAGGAACUUGAACAUGAAUUUGAUAAGCGUAAUGAAGAAAUUCUUUCAGUUAUUGAACAUUUGGAAAAAGAAAAUGAAAGUCUUUCGGAAACCAUAAAAAAUAUAGCAGAGUCUAUGUCUUCCAUUGAAAUAUUGGAUAGAGAGCGAAAGGUUUUACAAUCUGAUAAGGAUAAAUUUAAUCAAUAUAUUCAAUAUCUUGAAAAUAAAAAGAAAAAAUUUAUAGAUUUAAACGCCAGACUUAAAAACGAGCUUUUUAAUAAGGAAAAAGAACUGUCUCAGCUUAGCGUUGAAAAAUCUGAAUUGCAAACUCAAGUUGACUCACAGCCUAUUUCUCCUGCCGACGUGGAUAGAAUGACUGCAGAGCGCGAAUCUUUAGUGAAAAACUUGGAGAUUGUUACCGGGAAAAUGGAAGAAUCAAGUAAACAAACAUUUGAAAAAGAAAUCCUUGCACAAAAGAAAAUAGACUCUUUAGAAAAGCUCAUUGCAAAUUAUAAUUCCCUUGGUUAUAAAAUUGGUAUUAUUCCAGAAACUGCACCUUAUGCAAACAAUGCAUCCUUUGAGUUGGAUUUUAUUAGUCCUGCUGCUAAUCAUGGAGCUAUCCGUCCUGAUCAGCUCGUUAAUCGUGAUUUAAGACAUGAUAUACGGCCCAGACUCCAAAAGUUAAGACAGGAUCUUGGAUCUAGGCUCCAUAAAGAACAGGAUGAUGCUAUCCAGCUUCAAGAGGUUCUUGACAAAGUCUGCGAGGGACUGUUAGACGCGCGUGACGAACUCGAUGUUUUGCAAGCAAAAGUGAGCGUCACAAUGGAACAGUAUAACGAUGUGAAAGAUAACAUGUUAGCCGAAAGCUCAGUAAGCAAUGCCGAAAUCGAAAAACUCGAAAGAGAUUUACAGCAAAUGAAAAUUACCGCACAAAACGGCCUUCUUCAGCUCGAGCAGCGGUCUCAGUCCGUACGACCAGCUCGUCCAUGCAACCAACAAUCUCAAGGAAGACCUUUACCGCGAAGUCAUACGGAUGCUCGACGAAGUCAUUCGGUUCAAGCUUCAUAUUCAGACCUCCCUUGA